UUGAUAUAAACUCAGUUUCUCUUCCUAUAUUCAUUCCGCAGUUGUUGGUCCCAGAACACAUUUGUGGGGACAUAAUUAAGAUAAUAGCAACAUUCACCUCCUUCCUUGAAAUUCAUUUAAAAUUUGACACAAUAAAAUUGUAUCAAAAUGUAUAGAAUAUUUCCAUCAUUUGUCCAUUUCUUGAGAUUUUGCUAAGUGUGGAGUGUUUCUAAUCAGAGAGUAAUAGAAUAUUUCUAAAUUAUUCUUGGGAAUUGAAUUUUAAGUGACACACUUAAAAGUAAAGUUAAGACAUUUGGUGAUCUCGUGGGAUGAGAAGGAAUAGGAUGGAAGAAAGUUUGGGAAGAAAUUUGUUAUGGAACUUGGUAAACAAUUAGGUAUCCAGUUGUGUUGGCAAAGGAUUAGGACAAGGCAAUGUUGAUUUUUUUUUGGGAAAUUUCUGCAAUUAAGAGAACCUCUGUGAGAGUGUAGUUGUCCAAAGCUGGUGAGGAAGGACAAAGAAAAGGUUUCAUAGAAACGUCCAUCAGUUUUCUCUUGAGUCUCAAAAAGUUGAGAAGUCUCUUGUGAUUUUGCAGUUUUUUGUUUAGAAAGUGUAAUGAUGAAUAUUUUGGUGAAAUCUGGAGUAUCCCCGAGAAUAUUUCUCCUGCUGAUGGGACUUUUCGUGAGUUGUAAUGCAAAAAUUUUCAAUUCUAUCGAGACUGUGAUGACCUCCAAAGAAUUGGAUGCUAGAGGAUUGGAAUGUGUACAUUUUUGUUUGGCUAGUGCCAAAAAUUCGAAUAACAAAAUUGAUGAAUGCUACGACAACUGCAGUAUGCUUGCCGUUGCCUCCAAAGAGGAUGAAUUGGCCAGGAAAAAUCGCCUGUUGAUGAGGCAGAACAAUACCUACGAUAUCGAAUUGAUUUGCCGGGAUGAUACCACUCUGAUAGUGAUGACGGAUGUAACAAAACCAAGAUAUCCAGAAUUCAUGGUAAUUCAAUUUACAGUAAGUGAUGGUAGCCAUAAGAUUACCUUCUUGGCCACUUCUCCCGUAGGCUACAUUUACUUUGUAAAACCCGGAACAAACUACAAUAUCACUGGAUUCGGUUUCAAAGGAGACAUGUACUAUAUUAAUGAAGAAUUUUAUUUCAAUGGAAUAUCCACGGCUACUCUCAAGAGUAAUGGUCAGGUCCAGAAUCCCAAAAAUAUCAAAGUCUACCAUUAUCAAAUAACCGAGCAUUGCAAGUCCUGUUUGUAUGCUGUUGUACAAUGGACACCAUCUGAAGAUCAAACCUGUUACUACGCCAUCUCAUGGCAUGAUAACAUCAUGGGUGAUCUUCAUGAAGUACCCUUCUUUGUUGAUUUCACGGUGAGUUCUAACUAUGACUUCAGAAUUGGAGACCUAGAGUUUGGCCGAGAAUACAAAAUUGCCGUAAGGAGCUUCAUGCAUUCUACAGAAGAGCCCAAGAAUGAUUUUGAUUGGCAGAUCUUUGUCACGCCACAGUGUUGGGAAAUGUUGACCAAGCACGAAGAUAUUCUUGAAAUAUGUGCCCCGUUGCAACCAACACAUGUUGAGGCUGAGGAUAAAAGGAUAGACAAAGAAAAAUACGAUAUAACAAUCAGCUGGCAGAAACCUCAACUGCCGCUGCCUCAUCACUAUACAGUAACCAUUCGUAAUUUAGACCACAAAGCUCCUUUUUCGAUAGUGAUGGACGUCGAUGGCGAUAAAACAGAGGCCGAAUUCAAAGGACUCAAGAUCACAGGAUUGAUUUACGAAGCCACAGUUGAGGCGGCCUUCGCAAAUGGAAAGCGAUCUUACACUACUAUUGAGAGAAGGUUUAGUGCCACUAAUGAAAGUACCAGCCUAGGCAGCAUAACUUUAUACAUUAUACUUGCAACAGUUACUAUCUUCGGUAUAAUCUCUGUUGUAGUAUGGAGAUUUCGCAUUGACAAUUCCAAAGUUGAAGUACAAAUGCUCCAGCAUGAACGAAAUGGUUCCCCAAGAAUCGAAAUGAGGCGGUAUAGGACAGUUGAAGAGGACGAAGCUGCAAAAGACACUCCCUACAUUGAUGAUGAAUUUGAAGUUGACCGAGAAAAAGUUACGGUCCUCCAGGAAAUUGGUCAAGGACAUUUUGGAACUGUAUAUAAAGGCAUUCUCGAGGAUGAAUAUGUGGAAAUGGCAGUGGCGGUUAAAAAGCUCAAAAAAACACCAACAAGUGAAGAUAUCAGAAAAUUCAUCCUGGAGAUUAAUAUCAUGAAGUCUGUCCCCAAACACCGCAAUAUUGUGAGUAUCUUGGGUCACUGCACAAACAAGAAGGAUACUAUGCUCCUGAUAACUGAGUACUGUUCUCAGGGUAGUCUCCUGAACUACCUGAGAUGCGAAUGGAGAGCCCACAAGAGUCAGCAAGCUCGCUGGAGUAAAUUUAGUGAUAGCUUCAUAAACCUAAACGGCAAAGAUAUUGGAGGAACUAAUAAGAAGGUGAACAUCUCUCUGACUUCUGAAACUGGAGACUUUUGCUCUGUUCAUAUCAAUGCUGUGGAGAAUCGCACCUAUUCCGAGGACUGUGCUGAUGAUUUUGUGAUGGUAGAUGAAACCCACUUGACCAUGAAGUCGCUUCUGGACAUAGGCCUUCAGGUGGCUGAGGGAAUGAAGUUCUUGGCUCUCAACAAGGUGGUUCAUCGAGAUCUUGCAGCACGAAAUAUUCUCGUAAAUCACGAAAAUAUAGCCAAAAUUGCCGACUUUGGACUUAGCCGAGAUAUCUACGAAGACGGAUUGUACACGAAACAGGGUAAUGGAAGAGUUCCCAUCAAAUGGAUGGCUCUAGAGGCCCUCAGUCGUCAAGUCUACUCCACAGAAUCUGAUGUCUGGUCAUUUGGGGUUCUUCUCUACGAAAUCAUCACACUGGGUUGCAUCCCCUAUCCUACUGUUCAGAAUGACCAGCUCCUUGUGUACUUAAUGAGUGGCUCGAGGAUGGAAAAACCUUCCAACUGCUCCGACACUCUCUACGAGCUCAUGAUGUCCUGUUGGUUGGAAAAUCCCAGUCUUAGACCCACAUUUGAGUCCAUCAUACAGCAAUUGACUGAUGAGAAGGAUAACUUAGUGGAUGAUGAAGUUGUGGACCUGGAUAAAUUGGACAAGGAUAAAAAGCUCAGGCGUGAUUCAGGUGAAAGAUACUUGACUCCAAUUACUGGAAGACCACCGUACAUGAUACUCAAAGGUUAUCCAGGAUUUGUUGCUCACUCUCCUCCUAAGUAAAUAUUUAACUGCCUGCCUGGCUCAUUUAAAUACUUCUUGUGUUCUAAACUUCAUAUGCUCCACAAAGCAUAAUCAUUUCUGCAUUGAAAUAUUUUGAUAUGAUAUCGGCUAUAUAAUUCUUUCAAUUUUUUUCUCAAUGCACAUUUUAAAAUUUAUUCAAUUCAAUUUGCACCAUAUAGUGCAACAAUAAUAAUUAAAAUCAAUUUUAGUUCUUCAUUUUUAUUUUUAAAUCAAUAAAAAUUUGAUGAGCUGUGAAUUUUCAUUAAAAUUUAAAUUUUAUUGCAUUCCAAUUAAAUAAAAGAGACAAUUUAAGAAGUAUUUAUAAAAUGUGAAAAAUGUUUUAAUGUAUACUGCUAUAAUUAAAUUGUUCUAGCGAAAUAUCUGUUUUGUCAAUAAAAGUAUUUCAUUAAAUUUCAACAAA